AUGGUUAACGUUCCAAAGACCAGAAAGACCUACUGCAAGGGCAAGAACUGCAGAAAACACACCCAGCACAGAGUGACCCAAUACAAGGCCGGAAAGGCUUCGCUUUACGCCCAGGGUAAGAGAAGAUACGACCGCAAGCAGUCCGGUUACGGUGGUCAGACCAAGCAAGUUUUCCACAAGAAGGCCAAGACCACCAAGAAGGUUGUGUUGAGACUGGAAUGUGUCAGCUGCAAGACCAAGCUGCAACUCCCACUCAAGAGAUGUAAGCACUUUGAGCUUGGUGGAGACAAGAAGCAAAAGGGUCAAGCUUUGCAAUUCUAA